UCUGUCUGAGAAGCUUUAUUCAUUUCAAUUUCCAAAAUGUUUAAUCGUCAUAGCAAAGACAUUAGUAUUUUGCAUAGGCUUUCAUAUAUUGUUACGAACAAUUCCUUCUCAAACCCAUCCUUCUUCGUCAGAGUUAGAUGCAUCUCAAAAGCCUCUUCAGACCCAUCUCAGUCUUUUGCAGUCUCUUACCUCAAAGAAAAACUUGGGUUCUCACCAGAAUCUGCCAUGGCGGCUGGCUGGUAUCUCUUUUUCAAAACCCCAGAUAAGCCUGAUUCUGUCGUUGCAUUUCUGGAUAAACAUGGGUUCUCGAAAACCCAAAUCAAAAAGAUCAUCGCAAGUCGAUCAGGUCUCCUGUAUUCUAAUGCUGAGAAAACCCUUUUACCCAAGCUAGAAUUUUUCCUAUCUAAAGGUGUUUCAAGCCCCGAACUCACCAAAAUCCUUUUUACCAACCCCAAAAUUUUAACUUGUAGCUUAGAGAAAAACAUUGUCCCUUGUUUCAAUCAACUUAGCAAUGUGCUCCAAUCUGAUUCCAAGGCUAUGACAGCUAUAAAACGCUAUCCAUUUCUUUUCCCAUGUAAACUUGACGCUCAUCUGUUACCUAAUAUCAGUAUUCUGAGGGACAAUGGAGUGCCUGAAUCAAAUAUCAUAUCAAUGUUUAAUUACCACCCUAGAUCUUUUGUCGUAAACCCUGAUCAGUUUAAGGAGAUUGUGAAGAAAGUGAAGGAAAUAGGGUUCGAUCCUUUGUUACUUAAAUUUAUUCUUGCUGUCAUUGUGUUUAGAAAAGUGGGCAAACCUGCAAUGGAGAGGAAGUUUGACGUUUAUAAGAAGUGGGGUUGGUCUGAACUGGAGAUUUGGGAAGCUUUUCGAAGGUAUCCGAAUGUUUUGGAAAUAUCGGAGGAGAAGAUUGUGGCAAUAAUGGAUUUUCUUGUGAACAAAAUGGGCUUUCAGUCUUUGCUCAUUGCCAAUCAACCAAGUGUUUUUAGACAGAGCUUUGAGAAGCGUAUUGUUCCAAGGGGUUUGUUUGCUCAAGAUUUGCUAUCGAAAGGUUUAAUUAGGAACUUGGGAUUGUCAACAUUGUUUGACACUUCAGAAAAGGUGUUUGUUCAGAUGUUUGUUAACAAAUAUGAAUACAAAGCACCAGAGCUGUUAAUGCUGUACAAAGAAAAACAGGAUCUUGCAAUAGGAGGCAAAUAUAGAUCAGGGUAGCACAGAAUCUAACAUAUUUGAUUGAGCUGACUUUUUUAUCGGAUUGAAUUCCUUGAUCUCAAACUUGCUCCAGUUUGAAUAAAUGAGUGAACUAGUACUUUAUUUUUAGCAGUAUUCAAUCUUGUCAUCUGUGAAACUUGCACUCAACUUUGUGCUCUGCCUGUUUUAUGUGGUUUAAUAGUCAUCUUGCUUGAAAUGCAACUGUGAAAUGAGUCUCAUUUAUAGAGCUUACGAUCUUUAGGUUUAUUAUAUUGUGUGAUAAGGAUUUUGGCUCCAAAUGGUGUUCUUUUUCAUGCAACUUUUCUGCUUGUUUGAAGUUAUGAAGGUCGAAUUGCCUGUUGUUUUGGUGCAGCUUUGUGGCUGUGGUUUUAAUUAUUAUAAUAAUUCUGCUGGUAGCCACCAAGUAAAGGGUGAUGGUGGAGGGUAAGUAGAGAAAAUGAGGUUCAAUCCUUAAAGGUUUACGCUGUUUUUACUGGUGUCAGGAUUGGGGACAAUCAGCAAAUCCACAUCGGAUAGGAAGUUUAAUGUUUAUAGGAAGUGUGGUUGAGCUAAUGAACAGAGUUGCGGAGCUUUUCCAAGCUGUCCCUUGUAGUUGACAGCAUCUGAGAAAAAGUUUAUGGCUAUAAUAUAUUUCUUGCAAACAAAAUGAAGCUUGACAAAGUCCUUUCACGUGCUUAAUUUCAUCUCAACUUUGCUUGCUCAAAAGUUGUUAAUGGGGCUCAUUUGCUGUGUUUAUCAGCCUCCAAGUGAUGGUGUUCUUGUCAUAUAACUGUUAGAUUCUCUUCAUCAUUUGUUUAGAGUUAUGAACGUCAAUCUGCUAUGAAAAAAAAACCCAAAAUAUAGAAACUCAACUUCAUUGGAAUUGUUGAAGUAAAUAGUGGUACCUUCAGAUUGAGUGCUCUGUCAUGGAAUAACCUAGCUGGAACACUAAAUUUGCCCUUUACAAUAUCAGAGGGCUUUAUAUCCUCUCCAAUUGCUGGUCUCUGUGCAUCCAUCUUUCGCUUACUCCUGACUUUUGUAGGUAGGUUGACCUGGUGAAUAG